UCAUCUAACAGCUCCAUCAUUAGCAUGGGAUUCUAUGUUAAAGCUUACAAAAAUAGAAUUAGAUUUAAUUAGUGAUUACCAAAUGUAUUUAAUGGUUGAAAAAGGAAUAAAAGGUGGUAUAUCACAAUGUGUUACAAGAUAUUCAAAAGCAAAUAAUAAAUAUUUGAAAAAUUAUGAUACAACUAAAGAAGAUAAUUAUCUAUUAUAUAUUGAUGCUAAUAAUUUAUAUGGAUGGGCCUUAUCACAAAAAUUACCAUAUAAAGAUUUACUAUUUAUAGAUUCAAAUAUAAGAAGUUUAGAAGAAUGGGAAGAAAUAAUUAAACAUUAUGAUGAAAAUGAUGAUGAUAUUGGAUAUAUUUUUGAAGUAGAUUUAGAAUAUCCAAAAGAAUUACAUGAUAAACAUAAAGAUUUUCCUUUAGCACCAGAACAUUAUAAUAAAAGAUUAUGUACAACACUAUUUGAUAAAAAAAAUUAUGUCAUACAUGUUAGAAAUUUAAAAUAUUAUUUAGAAAAAGGUAUGAUUUCAAAAAGUUUUAAUAGAGUAAUAGAGUUCAAACAAAGUAAUUUUAUGAAAGAAUAUAUUGAUUUUAAUACUAAUAUGAGAACUAAAAGUAAAAGUGAUUUUGAAAAAGAUUUUUAUAAAUUAAUGAAUAAUGCAGUGUUUAGAAAAACAAUGGAGAAUGUUAGAAACAGAAUUGAAGUAAAAUUAGGUGAUGAAGAAUCAUCAUACAAAUUUUCUAAAAAAUCAAAUUUCAAAGGAUUUAAAAUAUUUGAUAAAGAUUGUGUAGCAACACAUUUUUAUAAACAAAAAGUUAAAUUUAAUAAACCAAUUUAUAUUGGAUUUUCAGAUUUAGAUUUAUCAAAAUUAUUAAUGUAUCAAUUUUAUUAUGAUAAAAUUAAAAAAUAUGAUCCAGAUUUGAAUUUAUUAUACAUGGAUACUGAUAGUUUCUUUUUAUAAAUGAAAAAAGAUCCUUAUGAAAUAAUUAAAAAUAAUCUCAAUGAAUUUGAUACAAGUGAUUAUGAUAAAAAUCAUGAAUGUUAUAAUGACAAAAAUAAAAAAGUAAUUGGAAAAUUCAAGGAUGAAUUAAAUGGUAUACCUUUAGAAGAGUUUUGUGGUUUAAGAUCUAAAUGUUAUAGUUAUACAUUCUCAAACGAUAAAAAUGAAGUAAAAUGUAAAGGAAUAAAGAAAUCUUUAUUAAUGAAUAACGAUUUAAAUUAGAUGAAAAUAAAUAUAUAAAAAUGGGAAAUUUCAAGAAAUGUUUAUUUGAAAAUAAAGAUGAAUAUAGAGAAAUGAAUUGUAUAAGAAGUUAUAAUCAUGAAUUGUAUACAAUUAGUUUGAAUAAAUUAGCAUUAAAUUCAAAAGAUGAGAAAAGAUUUGUUAGAAAAUAAAAUUAAUACUUUACCAUGGGGUUAUAAAAAUAUAUAAAAUUUUUUACCUAUAAAUAAUGGAUUCAAUAUUUCUAUAUCCCAUUAUGAAAUCAAUUUUCAAACAUUUAGAUAUUGAAUCUUUAAUGAAAUAUUAUGAUGUAUCACAAGAAUUUAGAUAUUAUGUGAAACUGACUAUUUUAGAAAGAUAUAAUAAAUAUGAUAAGAAAAUUUUUAUAUCUAAUAGAGAUACUUUAAAUGAAACAUUUUUAGUAGAAUUUCAAGAUUAUAUAGAUUGGGGUCAAAUUUUUAAUAUAUUUAAAACCAAAUAAUCAAAUUUCAUAUUUGAUAAUUUAAAAGAUGAAAUUAUAGAUGAAUAUUUAAUAUAUUUAGAAAUUUUUUAUUCAUUCGAUUUUGAUCAUGAAGACUCAGAUUAUGAUGAAUAUUUUGCUUUUUAGAUUAAUGAUGAACUAUUUAAACCAAAUCCUAAUUUUCUUUUAGCCCACAUUGUAGGAGCAAUAACUAAAUCCAUAGCUCUUUCAUUUAAAGUAGCAUCUUUUGAAAAUAAACGAUUUAAAGCUUGAUCUUCUAAUUUUUUAUCAGCUAUCCAUCUUUGUUCUGGAGUUCUAUUAUUUGAAUAAAAUAUAUCAUGUUCCUUACUAAAUUCAUCAGUUGGAUUAAUUCCUUCAUCACCUCUUUCUAAUCUUUCUUUAAGUUUUGUUCCUGGACCACAGAAAUUUGCACCUGGAUAAUGGAACUCUAAAGAUAAGCUAUGAGUAGCCAAUCCUGACAUUCAUGAAAUAGACUCUUUACUGCGAAAUGCAUGAAAAUCCACCACAAUGAAGAAUAGUUCGGAAUCCUGCCUAAAAAUGCUUGAAAAUCGAACCAGUGGUUCCAUCGGAAUCAUAUUUACAAGUUUUAUGCGCUCCUACCCUCCACCCCAUUCAAACGUCACUCAGGCACCUUCUACCCCAACACACAAGUCACUCACCCACCACGCCACCCGCAAGUCAGCCUUCAUUCUUAGUGCUCAGGCUGGUCACAACUUUUCCUAGUUCUUCAGCUUGUUCACUUGUCAUAUUGACAGUGAUCGUGGCUAGUCCUAGGACAUAGUAUUUCCAGACGCACUUCACAUAUAAUUUAGAUUUCCGUAUUAUAUAUGUUUCUCUGGCAUUUUCGGCCGGUAAAAUGGAUUCAAGACAUACGGUGAAGGGAAAGAAGAAGUUGGUUCUUUCAGCCAGGAGAAUGAAAAGGCGGCUACCACCAGAAUUUCAUGCUAACAGACGUAGAAGGAUUGAAGAACAAACCUUAUCGCUCGAAGCGCCUUCAUCUUCCCAGGCUGACAGUGUUUCAGCAGAUGCCAUUUCUGUAUCCACUGAGAACUUUCAACCCAGUGCAACGUCAACUCCUAAAGGAAAGAAGAGAAGACCACACAACAGAAAAGUACCAGUGCAUUUGAUGAAAUUGAGAUUACAGCAAAAGAAAUCUAAAGGAGAAGAAAAAUCAGGGCCAUCAACAUCUUCUUCCACCUUAUAGUCAAAUCUAAAAAAAAGCGUCCUUGAUGGCACCUCUGAUUUUGCUACAAUUGUGCCACCAUUCCCCUCAAUUGGUCUACAACCAGCUUUGAACCAUGAGAUUGAUACCACCUCAAUGCGAAAUAGUGGAGUUUCUUACGUGGAGAGUAACGUCUGUGAUACUUUACUAACAAGAUAUGAUGAGUAUCCAGAUCUAAUAGUUGAGCCGGAUGGAAGACCACCCAAAGACGAUUUUAAUAUUAUUUCUGGCCGAUUUAUUGUGGACGGCAAACAUCUUGUGCAAGAAUUGAGAUCUUUGGACUACCAUAGAUACGAGUGUGAAAAAAGUGAUAAUGGUUAUAUGACACUGGUGUCUUCAACUUCAAAAUCAUCAGAAUGGACAAUGAAGUUCGUUGUAUGGACAGCUCCACGAACCAGCUGCCAUAAAUGCGUUUCAAGAAAUGGAAGAAAUUCAAGUUCAGCCUUGCGGUUUGUUUGUUGACAAAGAACAUGACUUCUUGGCGGCUUCACCUGACGGACUGGUCGGAGGUGAUAAUCUGAUUGAGGUGAAAUGUCCGAAGUCUGCUGAAAACCUCACUAUCAGCGAAGCCGUGAUCAAAUUGAAAUCAUUCUGCUUGGAAAAACUACGUUGUGAAAACGUCCGUCUCAAGAAAACCACAAUUAUUAUUACCAGGUGCAAGGGCAACUACAUGUAGCUGAGAAAAAAUCUGUUAUUUUGUAGUAUGGACAAAAAAGAUAUCCAUAUUGAAAAGAUCGAGAGGGGUGUUGGUUUUGGACCGAGAAGAUGGAGAAAAAAUUAAUUUAUUUCUACCAUCACGCCUUGUUGCCAGAGAUACUGGAUCCUCGAACUUGUCGAAGUAUGGCAAUCAGGGAGCCAUCAAUCCCUUUUUCUCAUUUUUAAAUAAAGUCUCAUUGAAAAUUA